ACGGACGACGCAUCAGUGGGCAUCUGAAACGAUAGAAAAAAGUGUUUACUCAUAAAGAAUUUCACAAACGAAAUGAAAAGUUUAGAACUGGUUCAGUGGCGAGUGGCUGGUGGGCUUUACCUGGCCUUAUUGCUAUUUCUAUUAAAAGCGAAGGCAGCCAAUGGACAACCGGUUGAUGAUGAGUUGUCUGCGAACAAUGCAGACGCCAAAGUUAGUUAUGACCAAAGGCAGAAUGGUAAAUACAAUAUACGUAUCAAUAUAAAAGAUGUUGCGAUCAUCGAAAUGGACGGCAAUGGCUUUGGUGAUGAAAACUUUAGUGAUGAUGAUUACUAUUAUGAUGAAGAGGAUUUGACGGUCAAGCCCUUGAAGCUCACAACACCUUCGAAAGUAACAUCGACAAAUGUUGAGACUUCAACAGCGAAUUCGCCACCAACAGCUUCAACUAGUACAACCCAAGCAACAUCUACGCCAAUGAGAUUAGAGGAACUCAUACAUACAAGCUCAAUACUGCCAGCAACAUCCGCCGAUCAAUCAAGCUCUAAUCAAUUAUCGAACAUUGGACCUUGGCAAGCAAUAGCACGCGAGACCACGGUAGAGAGUACUGCAGCGUCUGCGACGUCAGAACCACGCUUUAAUUACUCACCGGCAUCUAGAUUAAUAUCAGCGUUGGAAAUGAAACUGCGACCUAAAAUAUCGUGGGAUUCCAGAAAGACAGCAUUUACACCAACGUCUUACUAUCCUAAACAUUCAUCCGUGGAAGAAAAUUGGCCAAGACUCUCCACGCCUUCAGAGGCGCUCAACAAAGAAGCAUUGCUCACAAGCUCUCCACAUUAUAAUGAAUAUAAAGUGAGUCCAUUUGGCAUACCGCAAAUUAAGAAACCUCGAGGACGAUUUCCCCAUUGUCGCACCAAUCAGUACCGCGAUGUUAACGGAAGUUGUCGCAACAAACGUUCGGCAUCAUUUCUAAAAAAAUUAUUCAACAUCAUUGCAACCAUACCGUUCGCAUUCGUCAAAGAAUCUACAAAUGAGUAAGCAGAAAAUGAAAUAAAGCACACGGUGUCGCUCACUACACGCGCAUCUAAAGCACACAUUUGUAUGAAAAAG